AUGCCAGCAUACUUGGUCAUCAAUCCGGGAUUGUUACAGAGGCAGGGUCGUCUUUCAGCGGGAUGCAGGGAGGCUGAGCAGUUGCUAGAGCGAGGUUGUGAGGCGUAUCUGGCGACGAUUUCUAUGUCUAAGUCAAAAGGUGGAGUUGUUAUGGGAGAUAUUGAGGUUGUCCAGGAGUUUGAGGAUGUCUUUCUGUCACUGAAGGGAUUACCACCAUCUCGGUCUGAUCCUUUCACGAUUGAGUUAGAGCCGGGGACAGCACCAAUAUCGAAGACGCCUUUGUUGUACUUGCAUUUUACAUAG